AUGUUUAAUAUCGGGCCGCGUUGGCUUACAUUUAAUUUAGCUGCUUUAUAUUUUCGUUAUCUUGGCAUUCCAGGCGAAGCAAUUAAUUGUAUUGAAUUAGCUCUUAAAUAUUCAAAAUAUGAAGAUAUUGCUUUGACACAAUUAGUACAGAUUAUUUUACUUACAAAUUACUCGAUAACUGAUCAAAAUGAAUUGAAUGGUUUGGAGAGAAUUUUAAGUAUUGCAAUGAAUAGUGGGGUUAAUGAACCAAUUCCAUAUCAUUUAAUGGCUAUUUUCUAUCAAUUAAAAGGCAAUUUACAUACUUCAGAAAAAUUGUUAUUUCAAGCAUUGGAAUUAGAUCCUAAAUUUAAACCAUCACUAAAUAUGCUUCUUUUCAAAAAAUGUUCUAAAAGAAUAAUUAAUUAUUCCAAACCAAAACUUUCAAUUAAACAAAUUUAUUUUCCUUUAUGUUGCUGGCCUAAUGAACAAGAAAUAUUUUGUUUUAAACAAUUAACAACAAAAAAUAAAGAGAAAACAAUAAAUUGUUAUAGACCAGAACCUUUACUUGAAAGUCCUUUAUUUAAUAUUAAAUUAAUUUAUUUUCGAUGCAAUACUCCUUACAUUGGAAAAAGUUAUUUAGCCCCAGCCUUUGCCAGAUUUAUUAUUCCUUUACUUUUCCCUGCUGCAAAACUUAGAGAAAUUAAAGAGGAUAUUUUUGCUAAAAAAUUGGAAGCAGAACUUGCACAGAAAGUGGUUGAUAGACAUAAAAUCGAAGAAGCUCCUGUGUUCCCCUUGGAUUAUGGAGGUUAUUCUCUCGACCGGAUUCGUGCCCAUCAACGACCAAUAUGGCCACAGGGAGUUAAAGAACAAAUAAAUCAAUUCCAAAUUGAUUUUAAACCUUCAAUAAAUAAUGAAAAUAUAUUUGGAGGACAAAAUGAAUUUAAAUUAACAAAAGAAAUUAAAUUAGAAAGAACAACAAUUGAUGAAACUAUAUUUAAUGAAUAUUUAAAAAAUGAGUGGACAGAAAAUAAUGAGAAGAAGAAUAAAGGAGAUAAGAAGAAACAAACAAAACAACAAAAUAAUGUUAAAAUGACAAAGGAGAAAUCAAAAGUAUCCGAAUCUAUUGUUGUUGAUGGUGUUACUUCAUCUUUCCUUAAUAACCAAUCUAAACGUUUAAAAUCUUCACGUGUUCAAAUUGAUGGAACUUUGUUGGGAACACUUUCCAAUCGUGGGGAAGUGCUCUUUAAAUUAGAUAUUCCUUUACCUGAAAUAUUGCCAGUCCCUCCAUCUUUAAUGGUUAAUAAAGGAAAACAAUUUGCAUUACCUUUUAAACGUGAUUCUCUUAGAGAAAUUUGUCAAACACAGAAAAAACUAAAUCAUUUAUUUGAACAACCAGUCUCUACUUGGGUAUCUCCUUCGGCGAAAGGAAUUAAGGUCGACGAUUUGCUCAAUUUUGGAGAAUUACCAGAAUUGUCAGAUUUAUUAUUAGAGCCAGAAUGUCCAGAACCUACUUUAGUUCUUCAAUCUUCUUCAAUCCUUUUAGAAUUAGAUGAAUUACCUGCUUAUCUUUAUCGAGAACAUUUAACCAAAUUUUAUAAACCAGAAAAAGCUUUGAGAGAUACAUUUCGUUCAAUUGGUUCAUCAAAAUUAGAUAGUAUUGAGAGAGUUGCGGCUAAAUUAUUUUUUGCUUUAAAAGGUGCUGCAAUGCAUCCAUCGGGUAAAAAAUAA